AUGGGUUUCCUCGGCGUCUACUCGGCUGUGUUUGAUUACCAGCCUCAGGGAGAAGGCGAAUUGGAGAUUCGCGAAGGCGAUUUGCUCUACGUCUUGGAAAAGAGCGCCGAAGACGCCUGGUGGAAGGCCAAGAAGAAGGCAGAUCCCGAGGAUGACGACGAGCCGGAAGGUCUCAGUCCCAAACAACUACGUUGA